AUGGGUUCUCUGGGACUUGAAGUUGCAAAGAAGGCAAUGUGGCUUUAUCCAAAGGUCAUGGGUUUUAAUCCUUUUCCUGUUCUUUCUCAAAUAUUUGAUUCUUGUUGUAAGAGCAAGAAGACUGGUAAACUGUCAUCGAGAUUGUUAACAUGCUGCAAGGAGGGUUUCAGGGGUGAUGACAUUUGGGACAGUAAUACAAAGACUCCCAGGGCCGAAACACAAACUGGUUGCCUUACUCGAAUGCUUAUUCAAGUUUGCAAGUAUACACAUAAGUUUGAAGUUACAAAAUUUGUUGAAAGCCACAACCAUCCAUUGAUGAUUGAUGAAUGCAUGCACAUGCUGCUGUCGCAGCGUAGAAUUAGCCGCGUUCAGGCCAUUGAUUUGGAAUUGGCUUCUGAUUCAGGAAUAAGCCCUCACAAUUCAUAUGACUUGAUGGGAAGGCAAGCUGGUGGAAAAGAAUCAGUCGGGUACAUGAAGUUGGAUUUGCUAAACUAUAUAAGGACCCGAAGACAAACUGAGCUCGAAUAUGGAGAGGCAGCAUGGCUAAUGAAUUAUUUUGAGACUCAGUCUUGUGAAGAUCUAUCUUUCUUUUAUGCAUUCCAAUUGGAUAGUGAUCAAAUGAUUACUAACAUAUUCUGGGCUGAUUCAAAAAUGGUAGUUGAUUAUUGCAAUUUUGGAGAUGUUGUAAGUUUUGACACAAUACACAAAGUUGUACAUGGCAACAGUCCAUUUGGAAGUUUCUUGGGGUUGAAUCAUCACCGGGAGACCGCUGUGUUUGGAGCAGCGUUCAUGUAUGAUGAGACUGCAGAGUCGUUUGUCUGGUUGUUUGAAACAUUUUUGAAAGCAAUGUCUGGUAAAGCGCCAAAGACGAUUUCACUGAUCAAGAUGCUGCAAUGGGAAAGGCAUUGA